AUGUCGGCCAAGAGUGUUUCAAUUGCAGGUUCGUCGCGAAGCGGACAUUGCCGUCAGGCCUCGCCGGAUGAGUCGGAAACCGAGCCGCACAAGGUCAGAUGGCGGAGCCUGAUCAUGACGAACGAGACGCUGCUUCGAAGCACCUCCGACUUCACGGUGUUACGGUGUUUCGGCAGGGUGUUUCGGGAUUAUCCGGAGGACUUCGAUACCUUCACGCUGUCGGAUGUGACCCACAAACUGCAUGUCUUCAUUUCCUACAACUGGGCGAUGCCACAGUGGCUGAAGUUUAUGGCACUGGCUUUUCAUUUCAAUCACAAGGCAGCUUCUGCAGCUGCGACGGUGGCCUACAUCACCACGAUACUGCUGGUGAUGCUGCACGCAGAAGCCCAUGAAGACGCGGACGACCUGUACUUCAGAAGCCAUCUGGGCACCGGCAUUUGCGUAGUGACCUAUUGGUUGUUUUUGCUUUGCUGGCACGACGUGAAAGCACUCUUCUGGAGACGUGGGAAGCGGGUUUUCCUGGACCGCUGCUGCAUCCAUCAAACAGAUGAGGAACUGAAGCAGCAGGGCAUCGAGAACUUGGAUAUUUUCCUGCAGUUGUCGGAUCAGAUGCUGGUGGUUUAUUCAGAGCUUUACACCAAGAAGCUUUGGACGAUGUAUGAGCUGGCGACGUUUCUUCCCAAGCGGGGUCCCAAUCGGCUGGCGGUCCUCCCGACCUUCCUGAUCCGCUGCACGAUCCUGGCCGUGCCCAUGGUUGCAUUGCACUGUAUUUGGGUGCAGAUGCUGCUGGUGGAUGAUGUCCAGGAUCCUGUAGAAGAUCUUUUGCUGGACUCCAGGCUAGCCAUCCUGCUACUGGAUUUACCACUAUUGCUGGUGGUCACCUGGGCCUUUCGUAGGUGGGCCAAGGAGGAGAAGCAGAUGCGUGAGAACGUGCGCACGUUCCAUUACGGUGAUUCGCACUGCCUAAAGGAGGCGGAUCGCAGCAUGGUGUACAGCAACAUAGCCAGGUACAUGCGGGAGACGAAGGCAGUUUCGGCCGAGGCACCCGACGAGGACGCGCUGGUCGCAUUCAACGAGCUCGUGAGGACGGAGGUGCCCAUCGCUGUGACGAAGUCUCUCGGAGGCUGGGGAAUUCCUCUGCGGUACCUCUUCGUGAUCCUUAUGCCCAUGAUGACGAACAUCGUGGACUACUUGGCGGUGGCACCGCUUCUUUACCCCGAGCCGCUGCCCAUGGCGAUGUAUGCCACAGGGCUUCUCAUCUUCGCAACCUCCUCGCUGGUUUGCGCGACCUUCCUGGUAUGGCUCACGCAGUGCUACCUCUCCCUGCGUGGCCCACUGGAGUGGCUCGUGAUAUUUGUCUUCAGCCUCCUGCACAUUGGUCCUUUCGUCGCCGUUUACGCCUUGGUACAGCUUCUUCAAGGACCGGCAGCAGACGGGGAACUCUGGGCCGUGGCGGGGCUGGUGGCCAUUGCCGUGGCGCAGCUUGCAGUGCUGCUGGCGGUUCACUGUCGAUGCUGUGGCCGUCAGGAGGAGCAGAAGCUCAUCCGCUCCAACAAGAGGACGCUCUAUAACAUCGCAUACAAGGUGCGUUUCGUCCGGUCUCUCACACGAAGAGCAACGAAGUCGCCGAAGACGAUGCGAAUCCCGGAGAUGCCAGUGCAGGAGAGCGAAGAAGAGAACUCGGACUUCGACGGUGUGACGAGGGGCGAAAGCAUGGACUCCAAAGCGACGCAGACGAUCACCGAGGCGCAGAUGUGA